CAUAACAACAUAGAUAAUGAUAGUGGCAUGUCUUCCGAAGAGACGGACGAGUCACUAAAAUACGACCUAAGUAAGAAUGUAAGUAACAUAAGCAAUGAUGUAAUAAAGUGCCUAACCGAACCACAAUUCGACGCUAAAUGGAAUGAGAUUCCGUGUUGUUCAAACAAUGUUAGUAUAAGUGUUGUUGAUACCUCAGGGUUGGAGCUAGUUGCUGAUACGGACAAUCAGAUAUCUAUUGUGAUAGAGGCAUCGAAUGCCGACGAGGGUAAGAUAGGUACAAAUUGUGAUAAUGUCAUUCCUAGUGUAGGUUCGAGCCAAAAUAUAGUUCCUGUGAGCAACGAGCUGAUGACGAGAGAGGGCCAGAAGCUGGUGAGUCUGUCUCUGUCUAUCCUGCUGGCGGCGUUGCUGCAAGCCAUGCGCUGUUUCGCCCAGUUUCUAGAGGAUAUUGUUGUACCGCAGCGGUAAACUCUGUUCUCAGUUUCCGGAUACUAAAGUGACUUUUUUUGUGUUAAGGUGCAGUGGGUUCGGCCGGCAGAGAUUUUGAAAUCAUAGAUCAUAAUACGGUUGUUCAAAAAAUAUCAACAGCAAUCUUGAGGCUCUAGUAAGUUCAUCGAUUUUAAACCUGAUUAAAAAACUUUGUCUAGAUCAAAAUUAUGGCCAUAGGUCUAAAACGCAUCAUUAAAAGUUUGUAACAAUUUUUGCAUAAAUAAUUCAUUUAUUUAUGGCAAACUACAUUUCAUACAAACGUAUUACAAAGAAAAAGUAUAUUUAAAACAAAAAGUAUAUAGUUUGCCUCAGCAUAAUGCUAACCCUAAAGUCAGCGCUGGUCUUCCGGCGAGACCAUUUAUUUAUAAAUGCUAUGAACAUGAAAAUUGCUUUUAAAAAUACGUAUUUUUGGAAAAUUACCUAAAAUAACAAUGUAAAAUGAUAUCCGCGAUCCUGGGCACGCACGGCCCUCCGCUCAAUGCCGCGUUCGGAGAAGGACCUGAACUGACGGCGGCUUAACCAUUUGAACGCCACGCCUAUCGUGCGCGGCGCGUCAUUGUGAGCCUUGUCGCAAUGCACGAAGGUUGAUAUUCGGCUGUACCCGCCCGUAUGAUGUCUGGAUCAAUCUCCGUUAGAUUUACAGUUUUAAUCGUUUUACUGAAUCUGAACAUUUUUUUUUUUUUUUUUUUAUUACAAAAAGGCAAGCACUUGACCGCAAUCUCACCUGAUGGUAAGUGCCGAUGCAGUCUAGGAUGGAUCAUGCUUACCUAAAAGAUGUCUAUUCACUCUCGAUUUAAAAAGAUCCAAGUUAUAGUUGACUGGGAAUAUAUUUGCAGGAAGUGAAUUCCACUCCUUACCCGUUCGCAUGAUAAAGCUGGAUGCAUAGUUUAGUUAGUAGCACAUUACUCGUUAUAGGAGUAUAAAAAGAUAAUUAACUUAUUGCAUUGUAAAAUUAACAUUAGUUCAUAAUACCUAACUCAUGACCAAUAUUGUGCUAAUUGUAUCACGAGAUAUCACUUUAGGACAUGGAUCUAUAUGUAAAACGGAUUGAGCUCUAAAGUAAAAAAGUGUGACAGAAAGAAAAUGGGUGAAUCAACUUUAAGAACACUUGAAUUCGUGUCCCUAGACUCCCUGGCAAAGAAAAAUCAAUUUUUCUUAAACCAUGUUGAUUUUUUUAAUUUUUUUGUUUACACGAACAUUAAUAGACCCAUAAGUAAAUUUACAAGUUUUCUCCUAUACAAAAAUCAGGGAUUUUUGUAUUUUUCUGCUGCGUUAUCGUACAAAAUGUAACUUUUAUCUGAUCAAGGUGUUAAUUCUAGUGUGUUAAUUAAAUACUUAUGUACCUUAUAAAAAGUAUAAGUAGUAGUGUUUCUUUGCUAGGGAGUCUAAAACACGAAAUCUUAAGUGUUCUAAAAGUUGAUUCACCCAAAUACAAAGUAAAGGAUUGCAUCUCCUUUUAUUACGUCAUUUGACAGUAAUGUAGUGUCCUGUGUAAGUAAGACACAGCCCUCCGGUUUGAUGCUCUCUUUCGGUCUCCUAUGAUCAACUAUUAUGUAUCUUUCUCGGUGAUAAGGCCUUAAUUAUGAUUAGUAAAAGAAGUUAAGAGUACGAUCCGGGUAUGAAUCCGUGCUUAAAGGGGCCCACUGAAUAUCAGUCCGCCGGACGAUAUCAGCCUGUCAGUUAGAACAAAAAAUUGACAGUUCCGAACAACUGACAGGCCGAUAUCGUCCGGCGGACUGUUAAUCAGUGGACCCCUUUAGGGUUGCCUACCUAGAACACACUUAUUACGUUCAGCAGUUAGAAGUACGAAAAAUGUGUUCGCAAUUUGAUUGUGGCAGCGAGUCAAUUACAUUAAUAUAUCAUAUGGCUGUAGUAUUUACUUUAAAUUUACCUAAAUUUUAUAAGACAUUUUAGUAUCUGGAAACUAAUAUAAGUUAAGUAAUUGUUUUCCAUUGCAUUUUUUGGUGCAGCAUUGAUUAGUUUUUAAUUGUGUAAUACGUAAACGUAUGUCAAUAUAAUAUAAUUGAUUGAUUACCCCCUUGUAAGUAGGUAUGGUUUUGUUAAUCUCAAUAAAGUGAUCUACUUUUAAAUAU